AUGUAUGAGAAAGCGAUGGCCCAAGAGACGAGGAACGGAGGAACGUCCACGUUAAACAACAACAAUGGUGCUGACAGCAGCAAGAAGAAGCUGCUCAUAAUAGGGGUGUUCCUCUUCGGCUGUGCCGUGAGCCAGUCAUUUACAGACAUCGCCAAGGUGUCAGUGGGUCGCAUGAGACCCCACUUCUUAGAUGUGUGCAGGCCGAAUUUCUCCACCAUCAACUGUUCUCUGGGUUACAUCACCAACUACACCUGCACUGGUGAGGACAGUGAUGUUCAGGAAGCCAGGAAAUCCUUCUUCUCAGGACACGCCUCCUUUUCCCUGUAUACUAUGCUCUACCUGGCUUUUUACAUCCAGUCCAGGUUUACUUGGCAUGGCGCUCGUCUCCUCCGCCCGCUGCUCCAGUUCACCUUGUUGAUGAUGGCCUUCUACACCGGCUUGUCCCGGGUCUCCGACCACAAGCAUCACCCGACCGACGUCCUGGCAGGUUUCGUGCAGGGAGCCCUGGUGGCCUACUGCAUAGUGUUCUUUGUGUCCGACCUGUUCAAGCCCAGGGUGAAGCUGGCCACGCCUCCGCCUUCUCCGAUCAAAAAGGAGCUGCUCCCUUCAUCCGACAUCAUCGAGAGGAACAAUCACCACAACAUGGCGUAAGGGAGGCCACACCUCCUUCCUGUGACUGAGCAAUCUAUCAUAGCAUGGCUCACCUCCUUCCCCACCCCAUCGGACAGUAGAAUGUAGCGACAAGAGACUGUAGCUGCUUCUUAAAUGGCAUCCUCCUCCUUACAGUGCCCAGAGAGGCAUUUUUGCAGACUAGGGUGUCAGAUUUGAGAUUUGCACAGCAGAGUCCACUUUUACAAUCCUGACGUAUUAUUUGCUAAUAACUACUAAUCAACAUUUGAGCCCAUCUGUUUGAGCACAAGCAGCAAACGAAUUAGGGAGCCGUAAGACAAAUUACUGAAGAAACUAAUGACUUGGCAGGCCGAGCUAGAGGUGUAGAGGUUUGACCGAAGUGGAAGUGCAAAAAUGAGAAACACUCAUGUAGAAAAUCUAAUAGGACAUCACUAAGACAAACCCCUGCCUGAGGGGAGCGAAUGCUUCUCUUAUCUCUCUGUGGCCUUGGAUUGCUGCAGGACAACUUCCUUAGCCGAGGGAAGGAUUUCACUGCAGUAGUUAGCAUAAAACAUUAGCUAGAUGAAAAAAAAAACCAUGUAACUAACUUAUAGAGCACUGUUUUUAACUUUGUUGUCCUAUCACCACUCGCUGCCUGGGAUGUUUGACUGAAAAUAAAUCUUGACAUUUCUGACAACACAAAAUAGAGACAUGAAGGAGAACAGUGCAAUAAAAGCCCUCACCUUGGGUCUAUUUUAGAAAUCAGAUCCUGUUUGGCCUUUAGGACACAAUUCAAACCCUGCAGCCUUACUGACUCCAGAUCAGUAUGUCAACUUUUUGGAAGGAGACUUUCAGUGCAGCCUAAGU